GGAAACGUGGCCGAACCUGUUGCCGUGACAGCGGGCCCUGAGCCGCCAUGGAGGCCGCGCUCACUGACAUGUACGACCAGGCGCUGCUGGGCAUCCUGCAGCAUGUCGGCAACGUGGAGGAAUUCCUACGCAUCCUCUUUGGCUUCCUCUACCGCAAGACCGACUUCUAUCGGCUCCUCCUGCGUCCCGGGGACCGCCUGGGCUUCCCGCCUGGCGCGGCGCAGGCCAUGGCCCUGCAGGCAUUCCGAGUGUUUGAACGGAUGGCCAGGCAGGAUGAUGAGAAGAGGUGCCGGGAGCUGGAGGCAAAGCUGAGGAAGAAGGAGGAGGAGGAGGAGGCAGCUGCAGCCGCUGAGAGGGUGAAUCUGUGCCCUGCAGCUCAGGAGAUUGAGGUGGAGACAACGGAGCACAUCCCAGCUCCAGAUGCCGGGGAAGCUGCAGGCACACAAGAAUCAGCUGCAGCCCCAGGUGCUGCAGCCCCCAGUCCUGUAGCAGUGGAGCCUCCGGGGGCUGCUGCCCCAGCAGAGCUGCCCACGAGACAGGAGCAGUUCCAGACAAACCCUGACAGCUACAAUGGAGCUGUGCGAGAGAAUUACACCUGGUCCCAAGACUACAGUGACCUGGAAAUUAAAGUGCCUGUGCCCAAGCACAUUGUCAAAGGCAAACAGGUGUCUGUGGAUAUCAGCAGUGGUGCAAUUCGUGUAGCUGUGGUGGAGGGAAGCAGCCAACGUGUCCUCAUGGAAGGGAAACUCACCCACAGGAUCAACACGGAGAGUUCCCUGUGGAGCCUGGAGCCUGGGAAGUGUGUUUUGAUCAAUCUGAACAAGGGGGACGAGUACUGGUGGAAUGCCAUCCUAGAGGGUGAGGAGCAGAUCGACAUUGACAAGAUCAACAAGGAGCGCUCCAUGGCCACAGUGGACGAGGAGGAGCAUGCUGUGCUUGACCGCCUCACCUUUGACUACCACCAGAAGCUGCAGGGCAAGCCGCAGAGCCAUGAGCUGAAGGUGCAUGAGAUGUUAAAGAAGGGCUGGGACACCGAGGGUUCGCCAUUCCGCGGCCAGAAAUUUGACCCCUCCAUGUUCAACAUCUCCCCUGGUGCCGUCCAGUUUUGACAGUGGCAAAAACAACUGCAAAACAAAGCAGGGAGAGGAGACCUCCCCGCCCCCGGAUGCCCACCAGGACCCUCACACCCAGCGCCAGUGCCCUGGACUCAUCCACGCUGCCAGCACCCAUCCAUGCUGUGUGGGGAAGCUUGAGGAAGCGGGCAGAUUUUUUUUUUUUUUUUUUUUUUUUUUUUUUUUUUUUAAUAUAUAUAUAUACACACACACACACACACACAUCCUGUCACCACGACAACCUGGGCACCAGGACCCCUCUCUCUUCCCCUCCCUGCCCCUCACCUUGUGCUGCCGACGCUCCAUGUUUUUCUGGAAUAGAUGGAGCGUGUUGGGUCAUGUUGCGUGACAUAAUUAUUAUUUUUGGUGGAUGAGGAUACUGCUUUUGGGGUUUCUGGGAAUGUGGAGCCCUCCCUGCCCUGGCACGGGGCAGCUUUGCUCCCUCACAGUGGAGAUGGGUGCUGGGUAUGGGCAGUGAGGAUGAGGAAGCCUGCAUCUGCCUGCCUCUGCCAGCACCCUGCCCACCUGGCCCCCCCAAAUCGUGUCACCAACCCUGCUUCAGGGUAUCGCAAGGGGUCUCUGCUGCCCCUGCCUUCUACCUAGCCCCGAGGGCAGCUUCCUCCUGGUUUCCCCCUCCUUCACCUCCUCACUGGAGGGUUGUGAGGGCACCUGGGAGUGGGCAGUGACCACAGCCAUCCCUCAGUGUUUGCUUCCCUUCAUCAGGGAGCAGUGGGGGUGCUCCCCACAGCACUGGCGUUUGGAGGGGCUACAGGCCCACACCUCAUAGCCAGCAGCUGGGCAGGAGCCUCAGAAACAUACAGGUUUCCCUGGCAUGGUACUUAGGGGUCUGAGAGUGGGGACUUCCUAGGAGAGUAGGCCCCACCUAGGCUCAGCCUGGCCCUCACAGCUUCCCACCAGCUCUCCACUCUGGGGUAUGUGGGCUGGGGGUCCCUGGCCAUCGCCUUGUCUGGUUCCCCACCCCUCACCCUCAGUGUGCAAUAAACAUGUCUCACCCUGGG